UCCCAGGAAGAUGGAAUCAGACAAGUACUUGAAGAGAUGAAAGCAUUGUAUGAGCAGAACCAAAUUGAUGUAAAUGAAGCCAAGUCAGGUCACAGUGAGUUGAUUACAACAAUCAAAUUUCGUCAUUGCUCUCUGCUGAGAAACCGAAGAUGUGUUGUUGCAUACUUGUAUGACCGCUUACUUCGCCUCCGGGCACUUAGGUGGGAAUAUGGUAGUGUCUUGCCAAAUGCUGUCCGAUUUCACAUGUCAGCGGAUGAAGUGCUUUGGUUUAAUCAAUAUAAAAAGUCAUUGGCUACCUAUAUGAGAUCAAUAGGAGGAGGAAAUGGCCUUGAUCUUACACAAGAUAUUAAACCUCCCAAAAACUUAUACAUUGAAGUUCGGUGUUUGAAAGAUUAUGGAGAAUUUGAAAUUGAUGACGGUACAACAAUUCUGUUGAAGAAGAAUAGCCAG